CACACUCGCGAGACUGCGCGAGGAGGGCACAAAUUGGAGGAAACAUGGCGACGUCUAAUUUGUUAAAGAAUAAAGGCUCCUUGCAGUUUGAGGACAAGUGGGACCUGAUGAGGCCCAUCGUUCUCAAGCUGCUGAGACAGGAGGCUGUCACCAAGCAGCAGUGGUUCGACCUCUUCUCAGACGUCCAUGCUGUGUGUCUAUGGGAUGAUAAGGGCCCAGCUAAGAUCCACCAGGCCCUCAAAGAAGACAUUCUAGACUUCAUCAAACAAGCUCAGAACCGUGUGUUGAGUCACCAGGAUGACACAGCGUUACUGAAGGCCUACAUUGUGGAGUGGAGGAAGUUCUUCACGCAGUGUGACAUCCUGCCCAAACCCUUCUGUCAGCUGGAGAUCACACUGAUGGGGAAGCAGGGCAGCAACAAGAAGUCUAACGUUGAGGACAGCAUCGUACGCAAGUUGAUGUUGGACACAUGGAACGAGUCGAUCUUCUCCAACAUAAAGAGCCGUCUUCAGGACAGUGCUAUGAAGCUGGUUCACGCUGAGAGGCUGGGAGAGGCUUUUGACUCACAGCUGGUUAUAGGAGUACGAGAAUCAUAUGUCAACCUGUGCUCCAACCCUGAAGACAAGCUCCAGAUCUACAGAGAUAACUUUGAGAAGGCCUACCUGGACUCAACUGAGAGGUUCUACAGAACACAGGCCCCAUCAUACCUACAGCAGAACGGAGUCCAGAACUACAUGAAAUAUGCAGACACAAAGCUAAGGGAAGAGGAGAAGAGGGCAGUUCGAUACCUCGAGACUCGUCGUGAAUGUAACUCUGUCCAAGCACUGAUGGAAUGUUGUGUGAACGCUCUGGUGACGUCGUUUAAAGAAACCAUCCUGGCCGAAUGUCCUGGCAUGAUCAAACGCAACGAGACAGACAAGCUCCACCUGAUGUUUUCCCUGAUGGAUAAGGUUCCUAGUGGGAUAGAGCCCAUGCUGAAAGACCUGGAGGAUCACAUCAUGAAUGCUGGGCUGGCUGAUAUGGUGGCUGCUGCAGAGACUAUCACUUCUGACUCUGAGAAGUACGUGGAGCAGCUGCUGAUGUUGUUUAACCGUUUCAGUAAACUGGUGAAGGAGGCUUUUCAGGACGACCCUCGAUUCCUCACCGCCAGAGACAAGGCCUACAAAGCUGUAGUGAACGAUGCCACCAUCUUUAAACUAGAGCUGCCACUCAAACAGAAAGGGGUAGGUCUGAAGACCCAGCCAGAGUCUAAGUGUCCAGAGCUCCUAGCUAACUACUGUGACAUGCUGCUGAGGAAAACCACCCUAAGCAAGAAACUCACCUCAGAGGAGAUAGAACUCAAACUCAAAGAAGUGUUGCUGGUAUUGAAGUAUGUUCAGAAUAAGGAUGUGUUUAUGAGGUACCAUAAAGCCCACCUGACCAGAAGACUGAUUCUGGAUAUCUCAGCCGACAGCGAGAUCGAAGAGAACAUGGUGGAGUGGCUCAGGGAGGUGGGGAUGCCUGCAGACUAUGUGAAUAAGCUGGCCAGGAUGUUCCAGGACAUUAAAGUAUCGGACGAUCUCAACCAGGUCUUCAAGGAAAUGCACAAACACAACAAGCUGGCUCUACCAGCUGACAGUGUGAAUAUAAAGAUCCUGAAUGCAGGGGCGUGGUCGAGGAGCAGUGAGAAGGUGUUUGUGUCUCUGCCUACUGAGCUGGAGGAUCUGAUCCCAGAGGUAGAAGACUUCUACAAGAGGAACCACAGCGGGAGGAAACUACACUGGCACCACCUCAUGUCCAAUGGCAUCAUCACCUUCAAGAACGAAAUGGGUCAUUAUGACCUUGAGGUCACAACCUUUCAGCUGGCAGUCCUAUUCGCCUGGAACCAGCGGCCGCGGGAGCGAAUCAGCUUUGAGAACCUUAAAUUGGCCACUGAGCUGCCCGAUGCUGAGCUACGACGCACACUCUGGUCUCUGGUAGCGUUCCCUAAGCUGAAGAGACAGGUGUUGUCCUAUGAGCCUUCAGUCUCCUCCCCUAAAGACUUCACAGACAGCACCCUGUUCUAUGUCAACCAGGACUUCUCUCUCAUUAAAAACUCCAAGGUCCAGAAAAGAGGCAAGAUUAAUCUGAUUGGUCGACUGCAGCUGACCACGGAGCGAAUGAGAGAGGAGGAGAACGAGGGCAUCGUCCAGCUGAGAAUAUUAAGAACCCAGGAGGCCAUCAUCCAGAUUAUGAAAAUGAGGAAGAGGAUCAGUAAUGCCCAGCUACAGACAGAGCUGGUAGAGAUCCUCAAGAACAUGUUCCUGCCCCAGAAGAAGAUGAUCAAGGAACAGAUCGAGUGGCUCAUCGAACACAAAUACAUCAAACGGGACGAGACUGACAUCAACACCUUUAUCUACAUGGCAUAGAACCCCCUUACCUGGACUGGAACCACCUACUUACCUACCUACUGCUUGACCUGGCUGAACCCUCGCUGCUGCAGGAGGAAGAGGAAACACAAGAAGAGGAGGAAGGGAGGAGUGGUUGUUUCAGAAGAAGGAGGCUGUCUCUCUGUGGCCGGAGGGGGUGGGCCGGGCCGGUUGGUUGGUUGUACGAGAUAGAUGGUGUAGUCUUCAGACUGUGGCGCCCCCCGGGGGCCUGGAGGAGGAGGACAGUGGGGCUGACUGACGGUCUCAGUAUCACAGUAGUGACAUUAUUAACUAAAUAAACUCUCCCUCCUUACGCAGUCCGCACACAGACAGACAGGAGGGCUAACGGACUAGUAGUCUAUAUCAUUAUGGAGUGGACACGGAGAGGAGUGUAUUUUGCCAAAUGUAAUGUGUGUGUGUAUGUGUGUCUGCACCACGACAUCUUGCUGCUCUGUGGAAGUCUUGCAAUCACCUGACGACCCGUCACGUGUGUGUGUGUGUGUGUGUGUGUGUCACGUUUCCCUCCAGAUCCAUCCCCCACCCCCCAACUGCCACACCUCUCAGAGAGGAUCAUGGCUCCUCACAUAUCAGCCAGUCGCUGGGUGAGAACAAACGAGAACAUCAGCACUUUUCUGUUUCCUACCUUGUAGGUCAGUGUGUCUGAAUGUCUUGAUAUAUCACUUUCAUUCUCCUUUUCAAUGCUCAUCUUUAUUUUUGUGAACACUUGUGUGUUGUGUGUAUCGUUUGUUAAAUGCUGCACAGCGUCGUCCAAUUGAUCGAAGUCACAAAUUCUCUCUAGCGAUCUUUGAUUCUCCUGUACCUUUCCUCUUCUUUCUCCCUCUCGCGCUCCCCCACCCAUAGCCAGUGCAGGACAGGACAUGACAGGUGUAUUGUUGUCAGACCAUGAGAGGGUGUCAUGAAUGUUCAUAACCCAGGUUUCUUCCCAAAUGCCACCAUAUUCCCUAGGUACUGCAUUACUUUUGACCCUAUGGGGCAAAAAGUAGGUAAAAUUCCUUAUAUAGGAAAAAGUUGUUUAUAUUCCCUAUAUAUGGAAUAGGGUGCCCCAGUAAAAUUCCUCCAGUGCAAUAUCAAGGGAGCCCCUCCUACUGGAGCACUUCCUGUGGUGAGAGGUCAUGUUGCUAAAGCAACGGCACUGCAGUGUUGCUAUUAAUGUACCCUACACACCACCUUUUACAGAAGACUGUGUGUUGCAGUAUGAUAUGAGGGGUGAGGAUGGAAGAAGCAGAAAAGUAUUGGGGGCGUGUUGGGUUGACUUGUUUAUUUAUUUAAUUUGUAUCAGAAUGUGGUUUGUUUGUAUGCAAGUUUUUGAUAAAUAGGUCCGGUCUGUAGCAGGCUACUAGGUGUACAUAGUCACUUAUUGAUUUGGAGUAAUGGUACAUGAUGAAAUGUAUGAGACGACUGAAUAACACUAUCCCUCUUUGACUCUUUUUUUAGUUUGAAUUUUACUAUUUGCAUUGGGAUAAUUUUGUAGUGUGGGAAAUGAAUGUGGCCCCAAAUGGCCCCCUAUUCCCUAAAUAGUGCAUUCUUUUUGACCAGGGCCCAUAGUGCACGACUUUUGAGCAGAGCCCCUAUGUAGGGAAUAUGGUGCCAUUUGGGAUGCAGCCUAGGUGGCAAUAUCCUCUUUUCUCUGAAUUGAAUGCAACCACAUUGGAAUCAAUUUAGACACCUCAAGACAAAGUGAUUGUCAGAUGAUGGAAAUAUUACUUGGGAUUUAGCAGUUAUGAAUUGUUUGGUCAUGAUGUCAUGGCUUUACUUAAUCCUACCAUGUUUAAUUCAUACACGCUACAUACCUACCCAGCACCGUAUAGUCCACCGUUCUACAGUGGAGGACACCUAUGAGAAACUCACGUACACACAUUGACUAUUGCCAAAACAGUUAAUAGUUUAUUCUAUCAGGUAAUGUAAUGUGUGGAUAAUUCUUCUACUACCUGUCAACUGUUGGCAAUAAGAGGCUCUCCUUCACGUGAUCCAGUUACAUUUCUCAACAGACUGACUAAUUCAACUUUUGAACAGUUACUCUGAAGGAUAUCUAUCACUUUGUGAAUAAAUAGUGUGUGUUAAUGUCAUCAUUGACAGUUUAUGCAGUUAUAUCGUCCACUGAAUGACAAUGUGUCCAGCAGGCAGACAGGUUUUAGUACCAUUGUUGUUUUUCAUGUCUUCCUUCCCUGGUAUCUGAAAUUAAUGGUUACGCAUCACUGCUGUAGUUGUUGCAUCAAAACAACCUGGAGAAGAAGGCUGUCCCCCAAAUGACACCCUAUUUCCUAUUUAGUGCACUACUUUUGACCAGGGCCAAUAGGGCUCUGGUCAAAAGUAGUGCACUAUAUAAGGAAUAAGGUGUCAUUUGGAACGUAGACAAAGUGUUAUUACAUUUAAAUAAUUUAGCAGACGCUCUUAUCCAGAGCGGCUUACAAUUAGUGCAUUCUUCUUAAGAUACAUAAAGUACAUUACGUUACUCUGAUAAUAUAACUCACUCUGAUACACUUAGCUAUUCUCUGGAUUUUAGCCAUGUUCAACAAUGUUUUAAGAUGACACAAUUUAGGUCACUAUGAGUAACAACAAAUGAACAGUAUUAAUUAAACUAUGACUUGAAUUACUUGUAACAAUUCAUGUUUUUCUCUCUGCACAGAAAUGUCAGAUAGAGCAGCUCUUAUUGUGUCAAGAGACUAGACUGACAUCUUGCUUCAGUUGAAUGUGUUUAAGUGUGGUUGUGAUGAUGAUGGUAGACAGAUGGGUAAUCAUAAGACAUGUAUCUCUCCCUCCCUCUUCCUCUCCUUCCCUACUUGCAUAUCUGGAGCCUUGAGUGAAAACUUGAAAAACUAGGUUUUAUCAAUCAUAACAUUACCAGAUGAAUGUGUGUCCCUACUUUGAGUACAGAUAUAAUGCUGUACAUUGUUUGAAUGGGAGUAUUCUGACUGUCGGACUCAACUACUUUGAUGUGCUGCAUUAUUUUUUUUAUUUUUUGUUUGUGACUCUUUUUUUUGUUGUCUAAUUUAUUUCCUGGCAAAUAAAAACUAUUGUAAAGAGA